AGAAGUUCGAGAAACAUAGCCGAGAUGGAUGGGGAACAAAGGCUGAUGAUGGAGGAUGCGGCGGAGGACAAGUUCCCGGAGGGGUUACGCGUUCUCGCCGUGGACAACGACUGCGUCUGCCUCAUGGAGCUAGAUGCCCUCUUGCGCCGCUGCAAAUACAACCCAACGAUUGUGAUGGAUGCCAAGACCGCACUGAAGAUGCUGAGGGCGGGGAAGGAGAAGUUCGACCUGGUCAUCACCGACGUGAGCAUGCCGGACAUGGACGGCUUCAAGCUUCUCGAGAUCAUCGGCCUCGAGAUGGAUCUGCCCGUCAUCAUGCUAUCUGCAGACAGCGAUAAGAAGUCUGUGAUGAAGGGGAUAAAUCAUGGGGCCUGCGACUAUUUGGUGAAGCCGGUGCAUACCAAUGAGCUCAAAAACAUAUGGCAGCAUGUUGAAAGCAGGAGAUAUUCCGAAGCAAUAAGCCACGUCAGCGGGGAUGAUGAUGAUCAGGGAGUACAGCCUGGGACUGCUGCCAAGAGCAUUGAUGGAGAUGAUACUGAUGAGAACAGAGAGAGCACACACACCUGCACUACCCAGAAGAAGCUUAGGGUGGCAUGGACAAUUGAGCUACAUAAAAAGUUUAUAGAAGCUAUCAACCAGAUCGGCCUGGAUAGGGCUUCUCCAAAAAAGAUUUUGGAGCUGAUGAAUGUGGGUCACCUCACUAGACAUCAUAUCUCGAGUCAUCUACAGAAGUAUAAAUUGUACUUGAAAAGAGUCAACUCAAGUCCACUUGGAGGUGCAUAUGAAAGAUGGAACUCGUCCAUGAACAAUCUGGAGAGUUUUAUGCAUAACCAUGAACAUGGAAGGAUGGGUGUGUCCUCAGGUGGCAUCGCCUCCUGGAGUCCCAACCAUUUCGGUGCAGAGGGUCACUUUGGUCAACAUACGAACACCCAAAGCAGCUUGUGCACGGUUUCAUUAAUCCAUGGUGGUAGAAGGCCUGGGUAUUUGGUUCCACAGACGCCCAAUGUGAGAAGAUUUUCUGGUUUCGCCGACGCUCCCGUCAACUUACACAACAGAAUACUCAAUGGCAUAAGAACAAGUGGUGGAGGGAGGCCAGCGCAAACAAAUGAGUACCAGGUGCAACCACUAGAGUCUAUUUUCCAAUAUCAUACCCACAUGAAUGCACCUUCUACACGGGUGGUAGAGUCGACUGGUAAUCUUCAUAGGGGUGGAACAUCUCUUGUCCCAUCGCAGGUGAACAUACCAAGAAUCAACCAACUAGCGAGCUAUGCAAUGCCAUCUAGGCCGAUGUUGCUACAAAAUCAAAUGUCACCAUUGAUUAGCAACACCACAUCAGUGGCAGGCUUUAAUGAGCAGAUAGUUCCAUUGAACAUACCUAUCAAUCCAAGCUCUAUAGGGAUGUUGAAUGCAGACAUCAGUGCUCCAAUGGCACCACCUCAGUUCGUGAAUGGCGAGAGCAUCACUACAUUAGUGUCCGGCUUUAGUGAGCAGAUGGCACAAUUCAGCAUAGCAAGCAACAUGGGUUCAGAUGGAAUGAUGUUGAAUGGCAAUUCUGCACCUCCUGUGGGAAGAACUUCAAUGGAAGUGACUGAUAUGGUUAACUAUGCAAGAAAUAGUUCUACACUUUCCAACCAUCGGACAGUUGGUUUUGGCACAAUGACCCACAUGCAUGAUGCCGGUGAUGCAGCUAGCAUUCUCCAUGUGCAAGAAGGAACAAUUGAUCAGCAAGCGCUUAGUGAUCGACUGAAUGGCAUCAAUGCCUUGUCAUCGGGUGAUAUUUCCAACCUUAUUAAUGACGAUUUCAUUGGAGAGGAUGCUACAUGGAUGGAUAAUGACACUUAUGUUGGUUAGACCAACCUACAUGCGAGAUUUGUUUCCCGCAUGUGUGUUGGGCACUUAUUAAUUGGCCAUUCCUUUGUUCUCGCGCAAUGUACCAUGAAAUUGUCUAAAUUAUAGUAGUCUAGUUAGAAGCACGGUCAUGUCGGGACUUCUAUUUUACAUCGGCUUUUGUAUAUAAGUAUGUGUUGUCUUUUUAGAUCAAAAUGA